CAUGCAAGGUCCCUCAUUAACUGCCCUGGAAACAGAAGUCCUCCAUUUAACCAGCAAAUGCAUGAGCCACAACAUGCUGUGUUACCACAUUGCGCCUCUGUCUUGCCCUGGAGUGAUCACUGAAAGUUGAUCUUUUCAGUCUUUUAAUCCUGGCACACUACUAAUAAUCAGUGGUCAAAAUGGAAAUUUUUAGAAGGGAUAACAUAGGGGUGAGGAAGUCCUGACAUGCUGCUUUCCUGUCCCUUUCCCCCCUGCAGAAGGAGCUGGUGCACUUUGAUGUGCCAUUACAUUGUACCAGGGUUGACAUGCAUUUUGACCGCAUGGCAGUAAAUGCACUAAAAAUAUUAAAAGCCCAUUGGAUUUUAGACGUAUGUGGCACUCAAUAUUGCAGUAGACAAAAAUGGUUAAUAUAAUUCCCAAGAAUUCGCUAUAAGGCUUUGUAUAAAAUAGUAAUGUCAAUCAAAGCAGUAACUGGUAAAUUAUGUUUUUAUGCAGUACAAGAUCAUUAAUUUUGCUAAUGUGUUUUUUAGGUCCUACCUCACAUUACAAUAGUUCACUACUGGAAGCAGUGGUAUUUUAGGCACUCUCUUUAGAAUGACAGCAGUUCAAGAUCGAUCUCUGUCACAGUUUUUCACAGUCUUUAUAGGACCUAGCAGAGCCUGUCGGAAAUCACCAAUUGAUCCACUCACUGAAGACAGAGCCUUAAUUUUUAAAUCAGGACAGUGACAUACCUAAGUUGAUACAAAAACAUCAGUAAAAUCAGAUUUUAACACUUCCAGAUUUCAAUUCUAAGCUUUCUAGGGGCCAAAAUAGGCUUUUUAAUUGUAAAAAUGUUAGGUUUUAAAAAGGCAUGGUGUGGCAUUUAUGGAAAUAAUAGACUUCUUAAAUUAUAAAGUGGAGACAUCUGCAGUAUGAAAUGAUUCUACCUGCUUUGUUACUCUUAUAAAGCAGUCCAAAAUAAUAAUUAAGAGUAUUUGCUCUUGGCAAGAAUUUGCAUUGCAUUAACCUUUCCCACUCCUCCUUAGAAUUAAAGAAAGGCCUGAAGCAUGUGCUUUCAAAAAAUUGUGCUGACAAAAAUUAGACCAAGUCUUUUGUAAAAUAGAAUUAUUUCAGCAGCACUGUGCAUGUUCACUCUGACUACAUAUUUAUUUUUAUUCUCUUCUUCUGCCUUUUUCCACUCUUUUCUCUUGCUACUGUUUUGCAGUUGUGCUGCCACCAGUCUUUGAGGCAGGAACAUUAGCUCCCUGCUUAUUGUAACAGAUAGAUAGAUAAGCUCAUAUCUAUACAAGCAGUGAUCAGUGAUCACCAUCUUGUGGCUGUGUCCAGUCAGGAGUAUAAAACAUCCUUGGCGAUUGGGGUUGGAAAGAAAGAGGAUGGUAGGAUUUGACAGUGCUUAGUAAUAAAAUUAAAGAAUGCCAGGAUGAAAGAGCAGUGUUUAUCAGUAAAAUGGCAUGCUGUAAAAUCAGUGCAAGGAAUGAAUGUAAGAGAAUGAAUUGUGUUGUGGUUUGUUUUCCCUUUUUGGCCAGGUUUAACAAAUAUAUCAGAGUAGAUGGGUUCCCUUGCUGUUUACAGAGUUAAGUCACCCAGACUGUGCUGAAAACAUCUAUAACUGUCAACCAGGUUCAUGUGAUAUCCUCAUAUGACUGGUGUGGGGUUUGGGAAUGCAGAGUUGUCGUUUUUGGCACAACUCUUGCAGUAGUUAAAGCUUGGUGAGUGCAACUCCAUGGUGCAGUCUUCCCCUUCCCCUUGUCCUACAGGCGCAGAGACACAGGAGGGGGACGUUUCCCUCCCAUCCCCAGCCUCCAAACUCAGCAGUUCCUCAAGUGCUUUUCCACAUCGCUUGGCUGAAUUGCAAAGUCUUCUCCCUAAAACCGUGGCAGCGAAUAGGACAUCAGUUAAGGACUCAGACUCAAAUUUCUAGUGUGGCAUUUUCACAUCCCUGAUGGCCAGAGCAGCUUGUACGUUAUGCGGCGACGAGGAGAGGGGAAUACUGAAACGUAGACCAUGCAGCUUAAGGGUAGAGGCUUUCCGUGAUGCAGCAUCUGCUAUGGAACAAGAAAAAGAAAUCCUGCUAGAAAUGAUCCACAAUAUACAGAACAGCCAGGAUAUGCGGCACAUCAGUGAAGGUGAGAGAGAAGAACUUAAUCUGACUGCUAAUCGUCUGAUGGGCCGAACCCUCACUGUGGAGGUUUCUGUAGAAACUAUUCGAAAUGCCCAGCAGCAGGAAUCCCUGCUACAUGCCACAAAGAUGAUUGAUGAAAUAGUCAAUAAACUUCUAGAUGAUCUGGAAGAUUCCAAAAUCCGCCUAAUGUCACUUUAUGGUGCAUGUACCUCUGAUGUGCCAGCAGGACCCAUCGAUCAGAAAUUUCAGUCUGUUGUAAUUGGAUGUGCUAUUGAGGAUCAGAAGAAAAUCAAGAGAAGGCUAGAGACUCUGCUCAGAAACUUAGAAAAUUCUGAAAAGUCAAUCACAUUGUUAGAACAUCAGAAAUCAUCUGUUCGACAGUCUUGCAACAGCAAACAGGAUUAAAACCUUCUCUUACUUCUGUCAAAUCACCAAAUGAUCAAGUCUCCAUUAAAAAAAGCACACAGAAGGCUAAGAGAAAUUACUUUUUACAGAUACAUGCCUAAUGCAUACACACGUGCACACACAGAUUGUGAGGUGCAAGCAUUUAAUGGGUUUUGGUAGUACUGGCAUUUUAUUUUGGCAAUAAAGAACGCUAUCCAGGUUUCUCCUGUAGAGUUGAUGCUGCUACUGCAAAUUGUAGUGUGCUUCUGCUGAACUGUCAAGAACUGUCACAAUGCAGCCUUUUUUCUUUCUUUUUUUUAAAACUGAAGUUGUUUUGUCAUAUACUAAGAUUUCAAUUACCACAACUUUUCUCUGCUGUAUACAUAGUGUAUGAAACAGAUGUUUGGGGGCAAAAAGACAAAUCACUGCAAUAAACCAGAAAAAGUUAAUAAACUCUAUAUUGUAUUUUCCUAACCAA